AUGCCUGACGUUAAGCGCACCGUUCGCCUCGUUACGGAGCAGCAUGUAAUCGAUAAGCCAUCUGAGGUUGAGGGUUUCCCUCAGCGCGAGUGGUCAAUCGAGAUUUGGCUCCUCAACGACAAGGGCGAGCAGGUGCCUGCUACUGUCUUCGACAAGGUUAUCUACAGACUGCACCCCAGUUUCGGCGACCGUGCCAAUCAGACUUUCAAGAAAUCCCCUUACCGUAUCUCAGAAGAGGGAUGGGGUGAGUUUGACAUGACCAUCGAACUGGUUGCCGAUAAGACACACACCAUCAAGCAUGACUUGAACUUUGCCCAGGAGCGUUACGAGGCCAAGCACCAGAUUACUUUCCGCAACCCCAAGCCCGCUCUCCUGGCUCUGCUGCGCGAGUCUGGCCCUGUUCCAGGUGAUGAGAACGGUCUUAAGUCCAAGCGCGGUGCUACCGGUGAAGAAAGUGCCAAGAAGAAGAAGCGCACUGAGAAGAACGUCGACAUGGACAAACUUGCCGAUGGUCUGCAAAAGUUGAACGAGGACGAUCUGCUGCAAGUCGUUCAGAUGGUACAUGACAACAAGUCCGCCGACUCGUACACCAAGAACGAUGCCGAGAUGGGCGAGUUCCACGUGGACCUGUACACCCUCCCGGACUCUCUGAUCAAGAUGCUCUGGGACUUCACGGCCGACCGGGGCGCCCUGUAA